AUGUCACAAAUUAGAAAAGCUAACCCAAUGAACAGUUUUGCUUGUACGCCAGAACAAGUAACAUCAUGUUUUGAAGGCGGAUCCUAUAACCUAUGUAUGGUUAGUGUACCAUUUUCAAAAGGAACAGCUGAACUUGGAGGACAAUCUUUUCCAAUUACAUUCAAGCCAUCAUCAGUGUAUUGUCAUUUAAUUGGUGAGAAACAAAUUACAACUCCAACUACAAUAGAUACUGAAAAGUUCUUUGGAUUUGGCCCAACUGAUACCCCAGCCUCUGAAUCACAAAGAAAAACCGUCAGUGCAAACAUACAACUCACCUAUAAUGAUUUCCCAAUACAAAACGAUUUUAAUUAUGGAUAUUCCAUUCCAAACUCUACCUCGAACCCUUUUACCACUGAGUCUGUUAAUCCCGAUUACUAUGGGAUCUUUCAACAAAAAAUUCAGUACAUGUAUAGAUUCAGUGAAGCAGAGAAUGAUUUUGCCACGGUUAGAGCAGAACUAGAAAAACUUGGCAUGGUAGAAGGUAAAAGUUACAGCACUUACACUGAUACCAAAAAUGUAACCUACAUGUUUUAUCUUGUAGAGGUUCACAAGAACGCAGUAAUGCUCAUCCCAGCUUCAAAAGCUUGGAAUGCUGGAAUAACUUUUGAUUUUGUUCAAAAUAGUUUCUGUGGUAGUAAUAAAAGUCGCCAAAAGGUUGUUUUACGUUUAGCUGAUUGUGAUCCAAAAUAA